CUACCUCGGAGCCGAAAUCCUGCGUAUCGCUCAUUUGCAAAUUAAUUUGAUUUUCACGGGAGACUCAACUGAAUCUCUCGUUUAUGAUGCAUUCCAGUUGAAUGUACUGCAUACAAGCCGCCUCAUGAUUCAUUUGGCAACGAUAUUCAAGAUAUCGCAAUAUAUUUCGAUACCACACCUUUUUGAUUGUGACGCCAGGCUUUUAAUAAACAAAAGAAAAAUGACUACGAAUGCAUCUCGAGAAAUUAAUUUCGUUCAUCAAGCAGAAAUCAUGACAGAGACCAUAAAGAAGGAACUACGGCACCAGAAGCUCUACACUCAAUAUGGAAUCAAUCCAUUCAAGAAACUUUGUCCAUUGGCUAGCAAACCAAAUGCUGAGCAACGAGAGGAAGAGGAAGACAAACACUUUCUGGAGGUGCUUAACCGAGCAGCCCUCGAACCAACAAAAAAAUAUUUGGAACCUGAAACAGAAAAUCAGGAAUACGGUUGGAUAAGCCUACCACUGAUGGAUAUGGACCGGUCUGAUGCCAGGUUUUACCAUCCAAAUGUGGCCUGUGAAAUGACCAAAUUCAUGGAACAAACGUGGAAACAGAAAGAACAACGGAGAUUGAACGCUUA